AUGAAACCACAGAAACGCAUUCUCCUGCGCGAGGAUCUCGAUAUAUGGACCCAGUCCCUGCAGCAUGCGGCCCUUCUUUCGUUCGUGCAAGACCUCCAGGAUUCCGUAUUUGGAGUUGCCAACGACGCCAAAGUCGCCGUUUCCGCUCCAGUCGCCUCUAUUGCCGCUGCUAUCGACCGCGUGGACCAGAUUAUAGACGCCAACCCCGUUGUGCGCGACAAAAACGUGUCCCGGUUCGGAAAACCCGAGUUCCGGGGCUUUUACGACCAGGUCAGCGCCGAAGCACCGCUGUUGAUGGCGGCAGUGGCCCCGGACCACGCUGAGGAGCUUGGCUGCUAUUUUGCCGAGUCCUGGGGGGACCGCACGCGUAUUGAUUACGGGUCUGGGCACGAACUCAACCUCUUGUGCCUUUUCUACUGCUUGAAAGAGAUUGGCGUUCUUAAACCGUCUGACUACCAAGCACUCAUCAUUGUGGUGUUCAACAAGUACAUGGCCGUGAUGCGGCGCCUCCAAAAAACAUAUUGGCUUGAACCCGCAGGUUCGCACGGUGUUUGGGGCUUGGACGAUUACCAUUUUCUUCCAUUUCUCUUUGGGUCGGCACAGUUGGCGCCCCACCCUCAUAUGAAACCCAAACUGGUCCACAAUCGCGAGUUGGUCGAGACGUAUUGGCGCCAGUACAUGUAUUUGGAGUGCAUCCAUUUCAUCAACAGCAUUAAAACCGUUCCGGGCCACGAAGAAGCAAGUCUUCGGUGGCACCUGCCCAUGCUUGACGAUAUUCUGGCUGCAAAAACGUGGGGCAAAAUCAGGGACGGUAUGGUGAAAAUGUACGCUGCUGAAGUGCUUGCAAAGUUGCCUAUCGUGCAACACAUGAUGUUUGGGUCGAUUUUGACCGCGCCCGAAGGCGUGGGCCAGCAUGCUCCUGAGCCUGGGUGUCUGCAUAACACAUGGGGCGAUUGUUGCGGCAUCAAGGUUCCUAGUGCUGUGGCUGCGUCGAUGUCUCGACCUAUGCCCUUUGAUUAG